AUGUCGAAACCUCCGCCACAUAGCGGUAGUGGGAAGAAGCUUGGAUUGUCGCCAACACCCCAACAAACCCUACGGCAGAAGACUGCAAAACAACCCUGGCCCUGGAAUUCGGGGGUUUCCCCAGCAGAAAAAGGAAUAUCAGCGGCAUCCCCAUCGAAGCAGCCAUCGAAGGCGUUAUCGAAGCAAACACUGAGGCAGCCACAACAACAGCUACCAAAGCAGACACCAAGGCAGACUCCAGAUCAGACGCAAAGGCAGCCAAAGCAAACGCCAAAAGAACUGCCAAAGCAGAUGUCAAAACAGCCACCAAAACAACCAACAACAACCAAUUCAUGGCGCAGUAGCGCAUCUCGAAAUACAGGUGAAAGCCCGCAUGUUUCUUCGGCGGGGGAUGUCCACAGAUGGAGCCCAUUCCAUAAACGGGGUUACGAAAACGCGUCACUUUUGGACUCCCAUUCAAAGAAACUACCUGCGCCUGUUCCGAAGGAAAGCAAGGCUGGCUCAUUGCCCGGUCGUAACAGAUCUCCUGUUAAAGAUGAUGAGUACUUCUCAUCUCUACUAAAAAGAAGCAGGCUAGAUCUAGGCGCUCCAUCAAAAGCCCCAAAUGCUUUUGAAGUACCGUCGCAAAAUGAUAAGGGCCUUGGUUUUGAUCAGAUAUGCGACAACAAAUCCCUUGUAUCUGGGGUGCACUCCUCUGGCAUCAAAGACAGAUGUCUCUUUCCGCCAGGUUUCAUCGCAGAAAGAGAUGAGGAACAGGAUAUACCUUCAAGAUUUGCUAACGAGACUAUUAUUUGCGAACGCAUGCAACCCAGUAGACGCACCGGGAAACUCAGAAGUCCUGUAGGGACGCCAGUGGAUGAAAGUCAGGAAUCAUGGCUGCCAGCAGAUAAUACUGGCGAUGACUGGCAGGCGUGGAGGCCACCUCAAAGUCUCAGGACCACCCCUGAGCCAAUCCCGGAUCCAGCAAUUCUAUCGAGGCAAUUGAGACAAAGGCUUGUCAAUUUUACCAAUGACAGUGUCGACGAGCUUCGCGGUGUGCCUAUGAGAGCCACGUUCGUACCAGGAGGUGUAGCGCCUCCAGCUCAGCGAAUUGAAGCUACAUACCCAAAUCCUGAAGCACAUAUCUUGGCAAUGGAUCCGAACAUAACGCUCCACACACCCAGAUCGAGGAGGUCGGCAACUGUGAGCGACCCAGUGCAUCCUACAGCGGCAACGCAUGGGGAGAGCCUCAAUAGCCAGGCGAGGCAAUAUUUCACUGGGCAUUUCAGAGCUCAAAUAAUACAAAACGACGAUCAUGCAUUCCAAAUGGUGCCAAAAUCAGGCUCGCAGCAUUAUGCCGAUGCAGAACCUCAGAAUUCGAAGGACGUAUGCCAACCUGCCGAUCGAGAGUCCGCGUAUCAAGCAAUGCUAAGAAAGGCUCACUACAAACCUGAUCAGAUCUACCAACCCAGGCAUCUACGUAGGGGAGGGAUUCAUAAGAGCGAGAGUAGAGAGAAAGAUGCGCCCUUCUCGCGCAUAGUGAUACAGAAUGAUGCACUCGAGGAGGAUCCAAAUAUUGUCCUGGAACCCACUCCUACCUCUGUCGGCCGCUAUCUUCAACCCUCAAGUCGGAAUAUUAUUCGGGCAAAUGGCUCAAUCAUCAAGGGAGUUUCUGGCAAGCCUCAAAAACCAGAACCAAAGAAGGACGAUAUCACUCGUAAUUCCAGGCGACAAGGGGAACUUUCUCCGAUAUAUAAGCCGAUUCGUGAGCCCAUCUCUCCAAAUAAACACAGCUCUCCGGGUCGCGCAGGGAACUCUUACACGUCUGACGGAUGGUUUGUGGACCAAGAAAGACAACAAGAUCAAGAUAACAAGGCAGAUCCUCCACGUCCAAACUCGACUAGCAGGUCGGCACUGGAUCCCACGGAAAAUGGCCAUCCUUCGGCACCACCUGUCGUACUUUCGGCAGUCGGCCAUAGCCCAUCUAUUAGUUCGCCACACCGUACGAACAAUAAAAGCGUUUCAUGGGAUCCUGCUAUCACCCUUAUUGGCCCGGUCAUUAACCUUGUAAACGAAAGGCCAACUGCAGAAGCGAUGUUUGAGAGGCUCUUUGUGGAAGAUAGAGAGAAAGAGGCUGCAGAGCGGCAAGAAACGGGCGGCGAUGAAGAUGUCGAUGCCUUUGUCUCGACUUUUAAGCGAUGGAAGAAGGGAGACAGGAGCAAGUUGGACUCUCUGUUGAAAGCAUUGAGGAAUAUCGAGACAGAUACUGACACUGAUUCUGAAAAUGGAGAGAAAGUUGACGAGGAUAUGCAAAACAGUGCCCAAGGUCAGGACACAACUACUGGAUUUGAUCCCAGAGUGCCUGAUUUUAAGCCAUUGAUCUUCAGAGAAAACGAGAUCUGGGUACAAAAAGUCCGCCCCCAUACUCGUCCAACAUUGCCAGCAUCAACUAGACCAGCAUAUCCUGCAACUAUUAAUAUACCAUUCCGCGCCGCGCUCCCAGGGCGUCCACCCUGGCAUAUCACUGGCAAGUUUCGAAAUACCUUGCCGUAUCACCGUCCACUAAGAAUUAAUACACGGCCCAAUUCACGAGGCGAUUCUCAACCGACCAAGAAACGGGUAAUCUGGGAUAAUCCGGAAGAUCCGGGGGGGAGAGAAGCUGUCAUGCAGUCUCAGCGCUGGGCAGGAGAGCUUCUGGAGCGGUUUACUAAGAAAUAUCCAUUAACUGGCCAGAAGGCUGCUGUCGUUCCCAAGAAACGCCUUGAGGACCUGCCAAUAUCAAGAUCAAAUAGCAAUACUCUGAAAGUGGCGAAGAUGGUAUCUAAUGCAGCAGACAUCCAGCAAAAGUUAGAAGUAUUGUUGAUGCAAAAGAAGGAGGCGAAGGCCAGGGGAAUUCGGUGAGAUGAGCGUGCGUCUCAUAGGUUAUGUUCGGUCACAAAAACGUCGAUAGCGAAGAGCAGGCUAGAGGUAUUAUUAGCAGAUGGCAGGCCUUCAGGCAGCGCAUCAGAGGUAUUAUUUGUUAUUGUUUAGCAGUUUGUUAGGACUUCGGUGGUGGUUUGUCCUUGAGCUGGGUAGUAAUACAUGUUUUAGUCAUUCGGUG